AUGGCUUCGCCCAGAGUCGGGAGUCGAGGCGAUAAGGAGGCCUCAGAAAUCCUCCUGAGCGUCAGUAGCUGGUGUCUCUGUUCGGUGGGGAUGAUGGUUUUCAACAAGCUGUCGGUGGUGCAUUUUCCUGCCGUGUGCUUCCUGGUUGCUCUGCAGAUGGCCUUUUGCUGCGUGGCGCUGCUCUGUUUCGCAUGGAGGUGGAUCCACAUUGGAUCGAUCCGAGACGUGCUGCGGUGGUCCAUGGUGACGCCGUUUUUUAGUGGAAUGCUGCUCACCUCAAUGUUGGCAUUGAAGAAUGCCCCGAUGUCACUGGUGGUAGUGCUGCGAUGCCUAUCUCCAGUGGCCGGCCUAGUGGUGGAAAGCUUCUACCCUCGCCCCAUACAGGUGAACGCCGGAAUGCUGGGCUCCAUCUUUCUGAUGCUGGCAGGUAGUACGCUCUACGCCUCCAGAAUGCCACAUCAACACUUCGUUGGCGUCAGUGGCGCUCAGGGGACCAUGGAAUGA